AAGAGGCGCUUUUCAGGGCGAUGCCUGAAAUCAACAUGGGCUCAAUUUCGCAGUUGUGAGGGCAACGGAACGCGCGUUUCUCCCUCUCUUUCUCUUCCCCACUAUUCACACCCCCUCGCGCUUCUCUCUCCCUCGCCCUUUGAUUCCCUCUUUCUAUCUCGCUCGUUCUCGUUUGUCUCUACAUAUGUAUAUGUGAACGAAAAACACGUUUGGAUUUGCAUCAUCCCAAAUUCAAUGCGAAGCAGUACCUGAAGUUUUUCUUUACUUACAAUCUUGUCGGAAAAGCCAAGGAGAGCAGUGAAAGAAGACGAGAAAGAAUAAAGGCCUUGACACCCCCGCCUCCGUAUUUUCCCAAAGGAAGACUUCUUUGUGUAUCUUUUGAAAAUCCGUAGGGAUCUUCAACUUCAACUAUCCAUGUCUGAUCUAGAAAUACCUGACUUCACCAACAGUCAAAAGUCAAGUCAGUCCCAACUUUGCAUAAAUUCUGGACAAGCCAAUACCAUGCAUAAUGCAAUGAGUUCCAAUGGAGACACUAACACCACUGAUAACAAGCAAGCCUUGCAUGCUGUUCUCGCACAACAACAAUAUGAGAACUUGCAACAGCAGCAGCAUGACCAAUUACAGCUUGAACAUGAGCAGCAAUUGCAACAACAUCAUGCUCUUUAUCAGCAACCUCCAGUACAAACUCCGAUUUUAGGGAAAGAAGAAUUUGCUGGGCAAUACAACUUCCAACUUCUUCUUAAUCCAUCAGUAUCUGGAAAACAUUGGAUCUUUUCAGAAAAACUAUCAAAAGUAUUCAUUCAUAUGGAAGAAGUGCUGCCAUUGCAAUUUCAAUGGACUCCACCCGUUGAUGGAUUGUGGCUGAGAGCCACAUUAGUAUUUAAGCUGGACCAGUAUAGAUCUGAGCCUGUCGUCAGGUGCCAUAAUCAUAUGGCUAUCAGCAAUAGCAGCAAUCGAGACAUAAACCAAACUGAAGUGCAACACGUUAUAAGAUGCUUGCAUGCCACAAGUAUUUAUCAAAAGUCACAUAAUGGUCACUUAUCUGUGUUGAUACCCCUGGGUGCACCAGAGGCUGGAAUGGCACAUGUCCCAGUAGACUACAAAUUUUUUUGUAAAAAUAGCUGCGCACAUGGAAUGAACAGGCGUGCAACAGAAAUUAUUUUUACACUUGAAAACCAGCAAAAUCUAAUAUUAGGUCGGAGAAAAAUGGAAAUUCGAAUUUGUAGUUGUCCAAAGAGAGAUAAAGAUAAAGAAGAAAUGGACUCUGAUCCGAAAGGAUUUAUGGUUCAGAAGACAACCACAUCUACUUACAAAAAAAGGAAACCGAGUUCAAACGUUGAUUUUCCUCAACCUAUGGUUCAUAAAAAAAAGAUGUUUGAAAAUCAAGUGUUUAAUUUAAAUUUAAGUAUAUGUGGUCGUGAUAAUGCCAUUGCAGUCAUGAAGUACGCCUGUGAUGUUAUGUCAGGUUGUGGUGUUAGAAAUGAAAACUUGGACAUAUACAAACCUUACAUCGAUAAGAUUCAGAAGGAAAUGUCUCGAGUGGAGUAAGCAAUAUUAAGCAAUAUGUUUUGUGAGAUAUGAGAUGGCCAUAAAUUUUUAUAUCAACGGCUUGUGAAUCCAAUUUUUUUGGACUUGAUUUAUCAAAGUGAAAGUUAAAUUUUGUAUAUCUUAUAAUUGUUGAUAAAACUUCAAAAAGUGUUUUGAUAUUUUUUAGACUAUUGUGAAAGUUGAUUGUCAAUUUGACCAAAAUACGUCGUGUAAGUCAUUAAGAAUGCGUCGCAUGAUUGCAAUAGAUUGUUUUUUAUGUUUCUACUACCGUGCUGCAUUUAUGUACUCGUUAAUUAAAAGAAUAAUCGCAAUGUACCUUUUUUUAAGUUUAUAUAGCUGUAAUUGUCAUAAAAAAGUGCCUUUAUAAAAGACCAA